CAAGGUUUCAGGAUUAGAUGGAAAAAAUGAUUUAUAUCCUUUUUUUUUUUUUACUUUGCAGAUUAUAGAAUUACCACAUGUGUUGUCUCCUUUAUCCAGAACUUGUAGUUGUAACAUUUUAAAGAAUCUGUCAUUUCACCUUAAAGGAUAUAUGUUUAUUAUGUUAGAUAAAGCCUCAUCACAGGCAUCAGAUUAUAAUGAUUCUAUUUAAUGACCUGAUACCUGCUGUGGAUAUAAUCUGUCUGUGGAAAUACAGUCACCUAAAUGGAGACCUGGUGAGCCUCCAUUAAUAAAAGGCUGGCUUCCUUAUCUUGGAGAGGCCCUGAAAUUACAAAAGGAUCCUUUAGGUUUCAUGAAAACUCUUCAAAAGCAACAUGGUGACACUUUCACUGUUCUCCUUGGAGGAAAGUAUAUCACAUUUAUCCUGGAUCCUUUUCAGUACCAGUUAGUAAUGAAAAGUCACAAAUUAAGCUUUCGAGUUUUCACUAAUAAACUAUUAAAGAAAGCAUUUUCCAUCGAAAAGUUGGCAAACAAUGAUGACAUGAAUGAUGAUCUUCAUGGCUGCUAUCAUCUUUUACGAGGGACAGCUUUAGAUAUACUCACAGAAAACAUGAUGCAGAAUUUAAAACAAGUUUUCGAACUCCAACUAUUAAAAACCAAAACUUGGAACACAGCAUACCUGUUGACAUUCUGCAGCUCGGUAAUAUUUGAGAUCACGUUCACAACCAUAUAUGGACAAUCUCUUGCUGGCAAUAGGAGAAAAUUUAUUACUGAGCUAAGAGAUGAUUUCUUAAAAUUUGAUGACAAAUUCCCGUAUUUAAUAUCAGACAUACCGAUAGAGCUUCUAGGAAAUGUCAAAUCUAUUAGAAAGAAACUUAUAAAACUCUUGACAUCAGAACACUUAGUUAAGACACAAGGAUGGUCAGAAGUUGUUCAAAUGAGGCAAGAUAUCCUGGAGAAAUACUAUACACUUGAGGACUUUGAAAUAGGAGCACAUCAUUUAGGCUUUCUCUGGGCUUCUGUGACAAACACUAUUCCAACUAUGUUCUGGGCGAUGUAUUACCUCCUCCAGCACCCAGAAGCUAUGGCAGUGCUGCGUGACGAAAUUGACCAUUUGCUGCAGUCAACAGGUCAAAAGAAAGGGUCUGGAUUUCCCAUGCACCUCACCAGAGAACAAUUGGACAGCCUGGUCUACCUAGAAAGCACCGUUCUCGAGGUUUUACGACUAUGCUCAUUUUCAAGCAUCAUUCGUUUUGUUCAAGAGGACUUGACUCUACAUUCAGAGACGCAGGACUACUGUUUGCGGAAGGGGGACUUGGUAGCCAUCUUUCCUCCAGCCAUACAUUAUGACCCGGAGGUCUUUGAGGCUCCAGAGGAGUUUAGAUUCGAUCGUUUUGUAGAAGACGGUAAAAAGAAAACUGCCUUUUUCAAAAACGGGAAGAAGCUGAAGUAUUACCUGCUGCCAUUUGGAUUUGGAGCCAGCAAGUGUCCAGGCCGAUUUUUGGCAAUUGUUGAAGUAAAGCAGUUGUUGGUUAUACUUUUAACUUACUUUGAUUUAGAAAUAAUUGAUGAUAAACCUAUGGAAGCAAACUACAGUCGACUUUUAUUUGGCAUUCAGCAUCCGGCUUCUGAUGUUUUAUUCAGGUACAAAGUAAAAUCUUAGAGAAGCAAAAAAAGAAAGAAAAGAAAUGUAUCCAAACUAAUCUAAAUGUCCAUGGCUCAUCUAUUUUUUUUUGAAUUU